UAUUUGAAGAAAAAAAAGAAGAAGAAAAAAACUGUUUACAUUUUCUAGAAAUUGUUUAAACUUGUUGCUGUAACUUGCAAGUUGCAACUAAGCUAUAAGAGUUAUUGAUUUCUUCAUUCAUUUGUCCUGGCUCCUGUGAAGUUUCAAGUUCUUCAUCAAUUUUUAUAUGAACCAUUAGGUAUUUCCCAUUAUAGUUGGAGGUAUUGAAUUCUUCUGGGUGUAGAAACUGUUCCUUGCCUCAACAUCAGGAUUGAUGGCCACUUCUGAAGCAGUUCUGCAAGUUUUAGGUGGUUCACUACCUAGUCUUUUUGGAUCUGAUAAUUCUUUUAGGAAAUUGGGAUCGUCACAUACCUCCAGAUCCUUCAUAAGAAUCAGAAAGAAGAGGGGUUCAAAGUGUGUGAAUUUUCUUAACUGUUCAAACAUAUCAUACCGUGCUAUUAGGGUAGAUUGCUUUCAGAGCACCAGACAAUCUGUGCAUGGAGAUAUUACUCAUUCCUAUUUGAGAUCUGUGAACUGCAAAUGCCAGCAAGCUGACAGUGCGAAUAGUUUUGCAUCAGAAAAGGGAAACGGAUCAUGGAUUAGUGACAAUGACCAGAGCUUCGAUACAGUUCUUGGUAAUACACCAAGUGUAAUGCAGUUUGAGACAGUAAGAGAGCUUAAAGUAGGAGAGGAGGACUUUCAAUCCAAUGGGAGUUUACGUCCAAAUGUCUCAGUGGAAGAUACCUUGAAUAGAAUAGCUGGAAACUCCAUUGAAGAUGAAGCAUGGGAACUACUACGAGAGUCUAUGGUUUAUUAUUGUGGUAGCCCUGUAGGAACAAUUGCUGCUAAGGACCCAACUAGUUCCACCGCCGAUGUUCUAAACUACGAUCAAGUCUUUAUCCGUGACUUUAUACCUUCUGGUAUUGCUUUCCUUCUGAAGGGAGAAUAUGAGAUUGUUCGCAACUUCAUCCUUCACACUCUUCAGCUGCAGAGUUGGGAGAAAACUAUGGAUUGUCAUAGUCCUGGUCAAGGGCUGAUGCCUGCUAGUUUCAAGGUCCGUACAGUCCCAUUGGAUGGUGAUGACUCUGCAACAGAAGAAGUACUGGAUCCAGACUUUGGAGAGGCAGCAAUUGGCCGAGUUGCCCCAGUUGAUUCCGGACUAUGGUGGAUUAUUUUGUUACGUGCAUAUGGGAAGUCCUCUGGUGAUCUCUCGGUUCAGGAGAGAAUUGAUGUUCAGACUGGAAUAAAAAUGAUACUAAGACUAUGUCUUGCUGAUGGCUUUGAUAUGUUUCCAACAUUGUUGGUGACUGAUGGUUCGUGCAUGAUAGAUCGCCGUAUGGGAAUUCAUGGUCACCCUUUGGAGAUUCAGGCACUGUUUCAUUCAGCACUGCUUUGCGCUCGAGAAAUGCUUACACCAGAGGAUGGAUCAGCUGACCUUAUCCGAGCAUUAAAUAAUCGUCUUGUUGCCUUGUCAUUUCAUAUUAGAGAAUACUAUUGGAUUGAUAUGAAAAAGCUAAAUGAGAUUUAUCGGUACCAGACGGAGGAGUACUCCUAUGAUGCAGUUAACAAGUUCAAUAUUUAUCCAGAUCAGAUUUCUCCUUGGCUGGUGGACUGGAUGCCAAGUAAAGGAGGAUACUUGAUUGGAAAUUUGCAACCUGCUCACAUGGAUUUUCGAUUCUUUUCUCUAGGAAACUUGUGGUCUAUAGUCUGCAGUCUUACAACAAAUGAUCAAUCACAUGCUAUAUUGGAUCUCAUUGAGGCCAAGUGGACAGAUCUGGUAGCUGAUAUGCCUUUUAAAAUAUGCUACCCUGCUCUUGAGGGUCAGGAGUGGAAGAUAAUUACAGGAUGUGAUCCCAAGAACACGCCUUGGUCCUACCAUAAUGGAGGUGCCUGGCCAACUUUACUCUGGCAGCUGGCUGUUGCUAGUAUUAAGAUGAAUAGACCUGAGAUUGCUGCAAAAGCUGUUGAAGUUGCAGAAAAGCGCAUAUCACGAGACAAGUGGCCAGAAUAUUACGACACCAAAAAGGCACGGUUCAUAGGGAAACAAGCGCGCCUUUUCCAAACUUGGUCAAUAGCUGGAUACCUCGUUGCCAAACUCCUCCUUGCCAAUCCAAGUUCAGCUAAGAUUCUCAUUUCCCAAGAAGACUCCGAGCUUCUCAACGCCUUCUCUUGUGCUAUCAGUUCUAAUCCCAGAAGAAAAAAGCGCGGUCCAAAAAGUCCCCAGAAGACCUACAUAGUCUGAGAUCACACACAACCCCACAAAUGAUUGGAUGUACAGUUGUUGAUUGACUUAUGACUAUUCAUUGAGCCAGUUAAAGUGUAUGAUAACUACAUAUAAUUGUUUUGCCUGAUGUUCACAAGCUGGAAUUCUAUUUAACAUUUCAGCUUAUAAUAUAAUGUUCUGCUGUAAA